AUGCAUAUUUUGGUGUACGAUAACACAUGUCCUUCUCGGACAGGUGCUCGACAAACGAUCCAAGAAGGCUCACUCUCCGUCCACCCAAUAUUCCAAUCGGAACAUUCAUCUUUUGGCGCAGAAGUAGACGGUGUUGAUUGGAACAAGCCUAUUUCAGCUGACAUUGUCACGCAAUUGAUCGCUUUGCAAAACAAGUAUGCAGUACUGAUCUUCCGCAACACGGGCCUAGACAAUAGUCGGCACAUUGCAUUCUCGCAGCAAUUGGGUGACGAGCUAGAAGUCAAUCCGUUCUUUUACGGACGAGAAAAUGACCGAUUAGGUGAGCCGUUGCUAUUCGACGUGGCCAACAUCGAGUUGGAUGGUUCUUUGGUGAAGAUGAACAGUCGCAGGUACCAUCACAGUCUGGGGAAUGCGUUGUGGCACACCGACUCCACAUAUCACCAACACCGGUCCAAGUACUCCAUACUGCUUUCUCAUGGUAAUCCAGUUGAAGGUGGAUCGUGGACCCAUUUUGCAGACACACGCCGUGCCUACAGUGACCUAUCUCAAGCGAAAAAGGACGAGAUUGAGAACUUCGUUGUUGAGCACGAUCUUUGGCAUUCCCGAAAGCUCGCGUCACCAGCGGUGUUUGGAAAUCCUCUUCCUCACGAACUGGCAGCCAAGCCACCAGCCUACCACCGUCUCGUGCAAACAGCACCAGACGGACGAAAAACAUUGUACCUGGCGGCGCAUGCCAAACGAAUCGUUGGCAAAGAUAUCGAAGAGAGCCAACGGCUGAUUUGGGAGUUGAUCGAACACUGUACACAGUCCAAAUAUGUUUUUAGCAUGGAGUGGCUGUCUGGUGGUGAUAUGGUCUGGUGGGAUAACCGCCAAUCGAUGCAUCGUGCCAAUCCCUAUACCGCGACGAUGACUGCGAGGGAUGUCCGUCGUUCUACGAUCCUUGAUGAUGGACCUUUGGCAUUGGGCGUCUCGACAGCAGAACUGGAUUAA